GUGACUCAUUGAUGCAAAGAGCACAACUCUUCACAUCCGAGUUACAUGGAUACAUUCCUUUGUCUCCUUUGUCCAUUUUCUUUUGUUACCUUACCUUGUGUUCAGACCUCACCAUCUCCUUGUCUCACCAAAGUAUUUUCAUCUCGCCUUACACUUCAUGUUCUCAUUCUGGCCUAGUCAAGUAUUCAAAAACAUAUAUAUACUGCUCAUGUACUCUCCUACCUACAGUGAAUCUUAGAGUCAGAUCCCCACUCCAAGAAUGA